AUGGAAAUCAUAGACCUCAAUAAUGAUACCUUCCUGGCCACGUUUGGAGAGGACCAAGAUUAUCUGAAAGUGCUAACGGGAGGGCCUUGGGUCAUCCUCGACCAUUACCUUAUUGUUCAUCAAUGCUCCUCUUCCUUUCGGACCUCGGACAAGCCUCAUCGAUCAGUGGUCGCAUGGGUUCAACUUCCGGAGCUUCCUGUGCAUUUUUAUCAUCGAGAAAUCCUUUUUGCACUUGGGAAUCUCAUUGGCAGAACAAUUAAGAUUGAUUAUCAUACUGAACAUCUGGAAAGAGGUAAAUUUGCUCGUAUUGCUAUUGAAUUAGAUAUGACAAAACCUUUGCCUACGCGGAUUUGGCUCGACAAUUUCUGGCAAGCAGUCUUAUACGAGAACCUCCCCACCAUCUGUUACCACUGUGGACGAAUUGGACAUCAGGAAGAUAAUUGCCCUCAGGUGAGACAAGAGACACCUUUGGCCAUUACUGGUUUUCUGGAAGCAGAACAGGCUGUCUCACCGGCGACGAGCUCCCAAGAUCCGCCGGCAGGGUUUGGGCCGUGGAUGCAAGUCAUCCGCAAAUCGUGUAAACCAAGUAGGAAAGUUUCAGAACAUGUAACUCAAAAUCGCCAACAAAUCCGGGGUGAAUCAGGCAAGAGCAGCGCCUCUGCAAAAGGAAAGUCAGAAGAUACAUUAGCCAAAGGAAGUCGAGAGGGGAAGGGGAAAGGGAAAGUGGAACAAAGCUCGGGUAAUAAAAAGGGAACUUCUGCUAGUCAGAAAACGGCCUCUGCGAAAGAAGAGGAUGGGCUCAACGGUAAGAAAAAAGCUCAAGUAAUUAAAGAAUGGCGGCCCAUCGAUUCCAGAGAACCCAAAACAGGACAAGAUAUUGGGCUAAACGAAGACAUGCCUACACUAAAGAGCCUCGAAGCAUCCUCUUCAGGCACCAAGGAGAUUGUGGUAACUCAACGAUAG